GUGAAAUGUAAAAUGACUGGUGACUGCCCGUAACCUCAGAACUUCAGAAAAGUUAUCCCUUCUUUUUGUACUUGUGUAUUACCAUCACCCCCCAAAACGAACACAUCGACGAUACAGGUCGGGAAACACGCCGUGGCAACGUUCCUCUACGGUUCUCACGCUCAUUUUCGCCUACGUCCUUUCUUACUACGACCUAUCUAAUUCGCAUAACGUUCCUGUAGUCGCUAUUAGGAGCUCCGUUUCUCCUGAAAUCCGGUAUCGUUCCCUACUAUUCUGAGAGAUGCGACCGACCCUGUAAAAUUCGAUCAAGCCUUCAAGUGUUAUCGCCACGAUGGAGGCCGUGGCUUCUCCUUUGGGCCUGCAAGGUCCUGCUACGAACGGCAUAUCGCCCUCGUCAUUCAUUACCAUCGAUCCGGCUUUGGUGGUAGACUAUCUGGCCUCCGUGGUCACUAUCGCUCUCGGAGCCACUCGAGAUGAGCUCGAGCGCCCCGAUAAUCUCCUCUCCAAAGAUAACUAUGCCGACACCAUACAGCGAUGUAGUCGCUUUGCGACCGAUGCCCAGGUCGCUCUGUAUGUUCAAAAGGAUGCCAAACCAUCGGGUGACAUGCCCGAUGGCCCAGUUGAUGAUGUCCCCAUGUCGUACACUUACACAAUCACUUCCGAGAUAUCUUCCUCGCCGACUACGAUAGCUUAUCUUGCACUGCUGAAACGUCCUCAAGCGAUCGACCCGUCGCUGCCGCUAACCUCGCAGAUCCAGAUACAAACGCUGCCUGGCACUGCUUCACUUACUAGUCUCGUCAGUGAACAAGGUCCGACUGCCUCUCCCUUCGAGAUACUUCAUUCUAUUCUUCACAAUGCGCUGGCGCCAUACUUCGAUGCCAACACCAAGACCUCGCAGGUUGCAAAUGGCGCGAGGAAUCGGGCAGACGUGGAUGCAAAGACGGGUAUUCCUGUAACGAAGAAGCGCAUGACGGAGCUGGAGCUGAGUUUACUUCACCUCCAGCAAAAUGUCGAGAUUCCCGAGCUGUCUCUCUCGUUUCAUCCCGUCGUCCAGGGUGCCUUAGAAGAUGCUGUCGCACGCAAUGUGCGACCUAGUACCGAUAUGAUACCCGCCAACCUUCUCUCUGAUAGUACUUUCAUGAACAAUUUACAGUCGACCGUAAACAGCUGGAUUAAGUCGAUACAGACCAUCACGAAACUCACCCGUGACCCCGUAACGAGAACUGCGACGCAGGAAAUCAACUUCUGGCUGUCCAUGGAGUCUGCGCUGGAAGGCAUUGAGACUCAGCUGAGGAGCGAAGGAGUCACGCUCACCUUGGAGAUUCUGAAGCAUGCGAAGCGUUUCCAGGCCACCGUUAGUUUCACCGCCGAUACGGGUCUGAAGGAGGCUAUGGAGAUGGUGCAGAAAUACAAUCAGCUUAUGCGAGACUUUCCCCUCGAUGAAUUACUCUCCGCGACUUCGUUGCCCAAGAUUCAGGACGCCAUUGGCCAAAUCUUCAGCCAUAUGAACAAGAAGAUGAGGUUCAGCAAUUAUCCUAUAGCACGGACCUUACAUUUGGUCGAAGCUAUUUCAGCGGAUCUUGAAGAGGUUAUGCAUCGCCUUCUUCCCGGCUCAGAAUUGGUUGACCUCGAUUAUAAGGACUUCAAAAGCCUUAUGACUACUGCUGACGAAAUCUUCAAGUCUUGGGACGCCCAGAUCAAAGAUUUCACCAACAUUGCCAGAGAGACAACGCGUAGAAGACAGGAAAGGUUCAUCCCUAUUAAAGUUAACCCUAAGCAUAGUGAGCUUCAGGCUCGACUCAAGUAUAUCGAUACCUUCCGAGACAAUCAUGAGCAGCUGCAGAGAACGAUUGUUAAUGUUCUUGGUCCGAAGUCAACUGUCAAUGGCAUUAGCGAGGAGACGACCGGUAACGGCGUUGCUCUCGUUGAGGAGAUGGGUGACGUAGACGCCGUUGAGGAAGUCCAGCAAGCUUGGGAAGCAUUGAAACAUGUUGAUCUGCUCGACGUUUCUCCCGAAGGCACCCAACGGUGGGUCAAAGCAGAAAAUACUUAUAAUGAACGAACCUCUCGGGUAGAGAAUUCGAUUAUCGCUAGACUGCGUGAUCGCCUCGCAACAGCAAAGAACGCGAAUGAGAUGUUCCGUGUUUUCUCCCAGUUCAACGCUCUCUUUGUUCGGCCCAAGAUUCGUGGUGCCAUUGCUGAGUACCAGAACCAACUCAUCGAUAAUGUGAAGCAAGCUAUUUCAGGGCUUCACGAACGCUUCAAGCAGCAGUAUGGUCACUCCGAAGCCCACGCUAUGGCCCAGCUCCACGAUUUGCCUCCUGUUUCUGGCGCCAUCAUUUGGGCGCGUCAGAUUGAGCGACAGCUUGAUAACUAUAUGAAGAAAGUUGAGGAUAUCUUGGGUUCCGACUGGGCUCUUCACACCGAGGGUCAGAAACUACAGACCGAGAGCGAAUUGUUCAGAAAAAAGCUCAAUACGCAGAUGAUAUACAAAGCCUGGAUCGAGGAUGUUCAGCGUAAACAGAUUUCAAUAUCUGGUAGGCUCUUCAACAUCAACAAGGUUAGAGCCGCUAACAAUGCGCUUGAUCUCUCGGUGAACUUCGAUGCCCAGAUAAUCGCACUCUUCAAAGAGACUCGUAACCUUGGCUGGCAAAACUUCAACGUGCCUCACGCUGUAAACAACAUCGCAAAAGAUGCCAAGAGAGUGUAUCCGUACGCCGUGAGUUUGAUGGAAAGUGUGAGAACAUUUGCGCAGACAACCAGGCAGAUAUCGGAAUUGCCUGAAGUCUCUAUUCUGUUAAGCGGCUACCAGAACGAUGUCCAUGUUCUAGUUGCGAAGGGCAUACCCUUGAAGUGGGAGACAUUUGUUAACACUUGGGAAUCGUACCAAAAGCCGUCGCUCGCUAAUGGCAGCCUUGAGCACGCGAUGAGCCGUAAUGGUGAGACUAAGCAUGUCUUGUUCGUCCGAGAUUUUGCUGCGGCUGCUUCCCUCCUUCAAGCGAAGACCAUCACCCUCGCAAAUAUUCACUUGAACGUUCAAAAGGCUUUGGCGGAAUUAGCAACCUGCCCUUACGAAGCGUCGGAAUUCGAAGCGCGCCUACAAGCGAUCCAGGCGGCUGUCGAUCAACUGAACUUGGAGCAAUAUGUCAAUCUUGGCUUCUGGGUGGAGAGAAUGAAUGAACGAAUUAAAUUAACUCUGCUUACUCGCCUCCAGCAUGCAGUCUCAGCGUGGAUUGAGGCAUUCGAAGACGACACGCCGAUAGAUCGUAUUGAGGCCAACCGACGAAAGCAGUUGGCUCCGACCGGGGAACCUCUCAAGUCGGAUGCUCCUUUGAUGAAACACUUGAUUCAUGAAAUUACAAUGAAGAAUCAAGUCAUCUAUCUGGACCCACCUCUGGAGUUUGCGAGAGCUAGCUGGUUCUUACACUUGCAUAACUGGAUAGGCAUUGUCUGCAACCUUCCAAAGAUCAAGGCCUCCAGAUACCAGAUGAGCUUAACGUUAAGCACCGUCGUUCAAGAAGAAGCCCGCUUCAAUGACCUCCCCAGCGAUUGCACCGAUAUACUUGGCAGAGUCUACACAUCGAUCGAAAAGAAGUUGCAAGGUAUCGGCGAAUAUGUCGACAAGUGGCUACAGUUCCAAUCCCUUUGGGAUUUGCAAUCUGAACAGGUGUACGAACUUCUUGGUGAUGAGCUCUCUAAAUGGCUGCAGUUGCUGCAAGAGAUUCGGAAAUCUCGUGCUACAUUUGACACUACCGAAGUCAGCCGCUCAUUCGGCCACAUUACCAUCGACUAUGAACAAGUGCAGAUGAAAGUCAACUCUAAGUAUGACCAAUGGCAGCAGGAAAUCCUGGUGAAAUUCGCGAGCCGGCUUGGCAAUCGUAUGCGAGAAGUCAAUGCCGAGAUAGAAAAAGCCCGCAGAGACCUGGAGGGACAGAGCCUUGAAGCGAGUUCGACUGCGAUGGCGGUCCAGUUCAUCACCAUUGUUCAAAGUUGCAAGCGCAAGGUUAAGGCAUGGGCUCCUGAGGUCGAGACCUUCCGUCAAGGUCAAUCUACCCUCGUCCGAAACCGGUACAAUUUCCCGAACGAUUGGGUAGAUGUUCAACAGGUCGAUUCGACAUGGGAGGCCCUUAACGAACUUCUGAAUAGGAAGGCAAAGAUUGUGCAAGAUCAGACUGAUGCUCUGAAGGCCAAGAUCGUCGCAGAGGACAGGGUUGUGAUAGACAAGAUAACCGAGAUUGCUACGCAGUGGAACGACGAGAAACCCGUUUCAGGGACGAUUGCCCCUGAUGUUGCAUCUGCGACUCUCGCCUCUUUCGAAGCUAGGAUCACAAAAUUGCAAGAAGAAUUCGACAUGGUGUCUAAAGCCAAGGAAGCGCUCGAUCUCCCCGCGAGCCCCGAGUCUUCUCUCUCAACUAUCUUAGAAGAAGUCCAAGACUUCAAGUCUGUCUGGGCUGGCUUGUCGACUAUCUGGAAGAGCCUGAACGAGCUCCGAGAGACAUUGUGGGGAAGCGUUCAACCUAGAAAAAUUCGAGUCAGCAUUGACGGCCUGAUCAAGAUGACGAAGGAGAUGCCAAGUAGGAUGCGACAGUAUGCCGCUUUUGAGCAUAUCCAGAACAUCCUCCGCCAGCUUCUGAAAGUGAACAGCCUUCUAAGUGACUUAAAGUCGGAAGCUAUCCGAGAUCGACAUUGGACUAAGAUCUGGAAAGAUAUCAAGCCUGGGCGGCGAUACUCGCCUGUUUCUAUGACACUUGGAGAUGUCUGGGAUCUUAACCUCGUUGCUACUGAGGUUAUUGUGAGAGACAUCAUCACGCAAGCUCAGGGUGAGAUGGCGUUGGAGGAAUUCUUGAAGCAAGUGAAAGAGACCUGGAACAAUUACCAACUGGAUCUUGUGCCGUAUCAAAGCAAGUGCCGUCUUAUCCGCGGCUGGGAUGAGCUUUUUGCGAAGUGCAGCGAGAAUCUGAACUCAUUGCAGGCGAUGAAGCAUUCGCCGUAUUACAAAGAAUUCGAAGAGGAGGCCUCGUCUUGGGAGGACAAGUUGAAUCGCGUCCACGUCCUGUUCGAUGUCUGGAUUGAUGUUCAGCGCCAAUGGGUAUAUUUGGAAGGCGUCUUUACUGGAAAUGCAGACAUCAAGCAUCUCUUGCCAAUCGAGUCGUCCAGGUUUCAGAACAUCAACAGCGAGUUUAUGACUGUGAUGAAGAAAGUCUACAAACAACCUAUGGUGAUGGAUGUCCUAGGUAUCACUGGCGUGCAGAAGUCUCUAGAACGUCUUGCCGAACUUCUCAACAAGAUACAGAAGGCGCUCGGUGAGUAUCUUGAGAAGGAAAGGGUGUCAUUCCCUCGUUUCUAUUUCGUUGGUGACGAGGAUUUGCUGGAGAUGAUCGGUAAUAGCAACGACACCUUGCGCAUUGCUAAACACUUCAAGAAAAUGUUCGCUGGUCUCACCGGACUCGUAAUGGACGACGAAUCGAUCAUUUCAGGCUUCACUUCCAAGGAAGGAGAAAUUGUACGACUUAAGAAAGAAAUCUCGCUAGCAAAGGUCCCUAAGAUCAAUGAUUGGUUGGCUUUGCUCGAGAAUGGUAUGAAGGUCACCCUGGCUGAGCUUCUUGCCGAAGCUGUCGAAGUAUAUACGCCCCUAUUCGAGUCGGGCGAGAUCAGCCCGAACGCCUUGAACGAUUUCAUGGACGCCUUCCCUAGUCAGAUCGUGGUGUUAGCUACCCAGGUGGCUUGGACUACAGCAGUAGAGCGAUCAUUGAAUGACGGCGGCAAGACAUUGCAAUCUCUUUUCGAGCGGGAAGUCCAUGUUCUCAAACUUCUCGCGGAGACUGUUCUUGGCGACUUGGAGGUGAUACAAAGGAAGAAAUGCGAGGCUCUCAUCACGGAAUGCGUUCAUCAGCGAGACGUUAUUGAGAAGCUAGUGAAGCUCAAUGCUAGCACGCCCACACAUUACAUGUGGCUGCUACAAAUGCGAUACGUCUAUGUGCCCGAGGGAGAUUACUUAGAGCGUGUCCAUAUCAAGAUGGCAAACGCGAAGCUCAACUAUGGUUUCGAAUACCUGGGUGUUCCCGAUAGACUGGUCCGAACUCCUCUUACUGAUCGCUGUUUUGGAACGCUUACCCAAGCACUCUGCCAGCGACUUGGCGGCUCUCCCUACGGACCUGCAGGUACUGGAAAGACGGAAUCUGUCAAAGCUCUUGGUGUCCAGCUAGGCCGUUUUACUCUAGUCUUUUGCUGUGACGACACUUUUGAUUUCCAGGCCAUGGGCCGCAUUUUCCUUGGUAUUUGCCAAGUUGGAGCCUGGGGUUGUUUCGACGAGUUCAAUCGUUUGGAGGAAAGAAUCUUGUCUGCCGUCUCGCAACAGAUCCAGAAUAUUCAACUUGGUCUAAAACAGGGUGCGGAAGACGACAAAGCCCAAAUUGAACUAGUUGGUCGGCAGCUUCAUGUAAACGCUAAUACGGGUAUCUUCAUCACGAUGAACCCUGGAUAUGCUGGUCGUUCCAAUUUGCCCGACAACCUCAAGAAGCUGUUCCGUAGCGUUGCAAUGUCAAAGCCGGACAAAGAGCUCAUUGCUGAAGUCAUGCUUUACUCUCAAGGUUUUAACCAAGCCAAACAGCUCUCCAAGCAGACAGUUCCGUUCUUCGACCAAUGUUUCGUAAAACUAUCCAAGCAAGCACAUUACGACUUUGGCCUACGUGCCUUGAAGAGUGUACUUGUUAGCUCUGGUGGUCUCAAACGUGCCCGGCUCACGAGCAGUGACGGCAACAUCGGUUCCGAAGAAGUUGUGGAGCCUGAGAUCAUCGUACAAAGCGUUCGAGAAACCAUCGCUCCAAAGUUGAUUCGAAGCGAUGUGGAGAUCAUGAUGGCGAUCGAGGCAGAUUGCUUCCCAGGUGUUCAGUACGUUCCUGCUAACUUGGCAGAACUUGAGGAUGCCAUUCGUCGUCUUGCAGCAGAGAGACACCUUGUGGUCAAUGAUAUCUGGAUGACCAAGGUUCUUCAGCUCUACCAAAUUCAAAAGAUCCACCAUGGUGUGAUGAUGGUGGGUAAUUCGGGAUCUGGAAAGUCUGCUGCGUGGAGACUUCUCCUGGAUGCACUUCAAGAAGUGGAAAAAGUCGAAGGUGUCUCUCAUGUCAUUGAUUCUAAAGUCAUGUCAAAGGAGGCACUAUACGGAAACUUGGACUCGACUACCAGAGAAUGGACCGAUGGUCUAUUUACUAGCAUACUACGGAAGAUUGUCGACAACCUCCGCGGAGAAGACUCCAAGCGUCACUGGAUCGUAUUUGACGGUGACGUCGAUCCUGAAUGGGUUGAAAACUUGAACAGUGUCCUGGAUGACAACAAGUUACUUACUCUCCCCAACGGCGAGCGUCUCAAUCUGCCACCCAAUGUUCGGAUCAUGUUUGAAGUCGAGACUUUGAAAUAUGCUACUCUGGCGACUGUUAGUCGAUGUGGUAUGGUAUGGUUUAGCGAGGAUACUGUCACACCAAGCAUGAUGGUCACCAACUACCUCGAUACUCUUAGGACCGUGGCAUUCGAAGACCUGGAUGAGGACACAGCUGCCGCUGGUCAAAGCCCCGCAAAGACCCUCCAGAUUCAGAGUCAAGUUGCCGAUCUGUUGAAUACUUAUUUGACGGAGGAAGAUUUCAUCCUCACAUCCCUGAAACAAGCCGAAUCUUACAACCAUAUUAUGGAGUUUACCGUUGCUCGCGUCCUGACAACCUUAUUCUCUUUACUCAACAAGGCUGUUAGAGACAUGAUCGAAUACAACGCCUCCCAUGUCGAUUUCCCUCUUGAUCCGGAGCAGAUCGAAACGUACGUCUCAAGAAAGUUGUUGCUUGCUCUAGUCUGGGCAUUGACGGGCGAUUGUCCACUCAAUGAUCGAAAAGCAUUUGGAGAUAAUGUUGGAGCGCUAGCAAACUUCGGAUCGCCGCCACUUGACGGCACUAGCUCUCUCAUCGACUUCGACGUUAUUCUCCCCAGAGCUGAAUGGACGCCGUGGCAAAAUCAAGUCCCUACAAUUGAGGUCAACACGCACUCUAUCACGCAAACGGAUGUCGUCAUUCCUACAUUGGAUACUGUUCGCCAUGAAGAUGUGCUCUACUCUUGGCUCGCCGAACACAAGCCCCUCCUACUCUGCGGACCGCCCGGAUCUGGUAAAACAAUGACUCUGUUUAGCGCACUUCGAAAAUUACCCAACAUGGAAGUUGUCGGCCUCAAUUUCUCUAGCGCGACUACCCCCGACCUCCUUAUCAAGACGUUCGAGCAGUAUUGCGAGUACAAGAAGACUCUUAACGGGGUGAUGCUAUCACCGACCCAGAUUGGCCGAUGGCUGGUGAUCUUUUGCGACGAAAUCAAUCUGCCAGCACCGGAUAAAUAUAACACUCAGCGGGCUAUUUCGUUCCUUCGUCAACUAGUAGAACACAACGGCUUCUGGCGAACAUCUGACAAGUCUUGGGUGACUCUUGAUCGAAUCCAAUUUGUUGGUGCCUGUAACCCUCCAACCGAUGCUGGCCGUACACCAAUGGGCGCCAGGUUCCUAAGACACGCGCCGUUAAUUAUGGUUGAUUAUCCCGGUGAGCUGUCCUUGCUUCAGAUCUAUGGCACUUUCAACUCCGCUGUCCUUAAGAUCAUUCCUGCGUUGCGCGGAUACUCCGAGCCGCUCACCCAGGCAAUGGUUCGUUUCUACUUGGAGUCGCAACAACGAUUCACGCCUAAGAUCCAACCGCAUUAUGUUUACAGUCCUCGUGAAUUGACCAGGUGGGUCCGUGGUGUGUACGAAGCUAUUCGUCCGCUAGAGACUCUCUCUGUUGAAGGAUUGAUCCGUAUUUGGGCACACGAAGCGCUGCGACUUUUCCAAGACCGUUUAGUUGCAGAGGAUGAGCGACAGUGGACUGACGAAGCUGUCCAACGAAUCGCAUUAGAGUUCUUCCCUACAAUUGACGAGAGUAAAGCGUUGGGUGGCCCGAUCCUAUUCUCCAACUGGCUUUCCAAGAAUUAUGUUCCCGUUGAUCGAGAACAGUUACGAGACUUUGUCAAGGCUCGUCUGAAGACUUUCUGCGAAGAGGAAGUGGAUGUUCCACUCAUUUUGUUCAAUGAUGUGCUUGAACAUGUCCUUCGUAUCGACCGUGUCUUCAGACAACCGCAGGGCCAUUUGAUAUUGAUUGGUGUCAGUGGAAGUGGAAAAACAACACUUUCAAGAUUCGUCGCUUGGAUGAAUGGUCUCAAAGUCUUCCAAAUCAAAGUUCAUGGGAAGUAUUCCGCCGAAGACUUUGACGAAGAUCUCCGAGAGGUUCUGCGCCGAUGCGGUUGCAAAGGCGAGAAGAUCUGCUUUAUCAUGGACGAAUCUAAUGUCCUUGACUCGGGUUUCCUGGAGCGCAUGAACACUCUUCUUGCUAACGCUGAAGUCCCCGGUCUUUUUGAAGGGGACGAUUUUGCAUCCCUUAUGACGGCUUGCAAAGAAGGCGCACAGCGGCAAGGAUUGCUACUGGAUUCUCAAGAAGAGCUAUACAAAUGGUUCACUCAGCAGAUUGUCAAGAACUUGCAUGUGGUAUUCACUAUGAACCCGCCCGAAGACGGUUUAUCCUCCAAAGCUGCUACUAGUCCGGCUUUGUUCAACCGUUGUGUGCUCAAUUGGUUUGGUGAUUGGUCUGAUCAGGCGCUCUUCCAAGUUGCCAAUGAGCUUACUCAUUCCAUCGACCUUGACAAACCCAACUUCGCGGCUCCUGAUACUAUUCCCGUCGCGUAUCGCGGUCUUAAUCUGCCUCCUUCCCACAGAGAAACAAUCGUUAAUUCCAUGGUCUAUAUUCAUUACUCUCUGCAACGUUUCAACAGCAAGCUUCAGAAGCAACAGGGCAAGGUUACAUUCCUCACCCCGCGUCACUUCCUCGAUUUCGUUGCUCAAUAUGUCAAGCUGUACAACGAGAAGCGGGAAGAUCUAGAGGAACAGCAACGUCACUUGAACGUUGGACUGGACAAGUUACGAGACACGGUCGAGAAAGUGCGUGAUCUUAGGGUCAGUCUGGCCGAGAAGAAGACCCAGCUCGAGGCAAAAGAUGCCGAGGCCAACGAGAAGCUACAACGCAUGGUUGCUGAUCAACGGGAAGCUGAACAGCGCAAGGGCGCUUCUCUGGAGAUUCAAGCAGCGCUUGAAAAACAAGAAGCAGAAGUUGCCACUCGCAAGGAGGUUGUCUUGAAUGAUCUUGCAAGAGCUGAGCCUGCUGUCGAAGAAGCCAAAGCUAGUGUCAGCAACAUCAAACGACAGCACUUGACUGAAGUUAGGUCUAUGGGUUCUCCACCGCAGGGUGUCCGACUUGCGAUGGAGUCCGUAUGCGCGUUGCUGGGCCACAAGAUCGCCGACUGGAAAGGUGUCCAGGCUGUGGUGCGACGUGACGACUUUAUUGCGAGCAUCGUCAAUUUUGACAACGAGAAGCAGAUGACCAAGGCCUUGCGAACGCUAAUGCGAAACAAAUUUUUGAAUCAGGCGGAUUUUACAUACGAAAAGGUCAACCGUGCCAGUAAGGCCUGUGGUCCGCUAGUUCAGUGGGUAGAGGCUCAAGUUAAUUACUCUGAGAUCCUCGACAGGGUCGGUCCUCUGCGAGAGGAGGUGGAUCAGCUUGAGGAGCAAGCCCUCCAGACAAAGGCUGAAGCCAAAGCCGUCGAAAACACCAUCAUCAGUCUAGAGCAAAGCAUCGCAACAUACAAGACCGAAUACGCAGCUCUUAUCAGUGAGACUCAGGCCAUCAAGGCCGAGAUGUCUCGUGUCCAAUUCAAGGUCGAUCGAAGCGUAAGAUUACUCGACAGUCUUUCUUCAGAGCGUACCCGCUGGGAGGACGGAAGCAAGUCGUUCGAAACUCAAAUCAGUACUUUAGUUGGAGAUGUCUUAGUGGCAGCGGCUUUCCUGGCUUACAGUGGUCUUUACGACCAGACCUUCCGAAAGUCAAUGAUGGAAGACUGGUUACAUCAACUGCAUCUUUCCGGUAUCAACUUCAAGCCCCACAACCCCGUUACCGAAUAUCUGUCGACUGCCGAUGAGCGCCUUAGUUGGCAAGAGAAUACCUUACCUGUUGAUGAUCUCUGCACGGAAAACGCCAUCAUCCUUAAGCGCUUCAACCGUUACCCGCUUAUCAUCGAUCCUUCGGGCAGAGUUACCGAGUUCCUUCAACGCGAAUGCAAGGACCGCCGUCUUACUGUGACUAGUUUCUUAGAUGAUUCCUUUACCAAACAACUAGAGAGUUCUCUCAGAUUCGGCAACCCGAUUCUCAUUCAAGAUGCCGAACACCUAGACCCCAUCCUCAAUCAUGUUCUCAAUAAGGAGUAUCAAAAAACAGGUGGUCGUGUACUCAUCCAACUUGGCAAGCAGGAGAUUGACUUCUCGCCUGCGUUCAAGAUCUACUUGUCGACCAGAGAUCCGUCUGCUACAUUCCCACCCGACAUUUGCAGUCGAACUACGUUUGUCAACUUCACUGUCACACAGAGCAGUCUCCAGACUCAAUCUCUUAAUGACGUCCUAAAAUCCGAGAGACCAGAUGUUGACGAGAGGAGAUCGAAUCUCAUCAAACUUCAAGGCGAGUUCAAGGUCCAUCUUCGACAACUUGAGAAGCGUCUUCUUCAAGCCCUUAAUGAAUCCCGUGGUAAUAUUCUUGAUGAUGACAACGUCAUCGAGACUCUUGAAACUCUCAAGACAGAAGCUGGCGAGAUCACGGCCAAGAUAAGCAACACUGAAGGCGUGAUGGCUGAAGUAGAAGAGAUCACAUUGCAGUACAGUAUCAUUGCGCGAUCGUGCAGUGCCGUCUUUGCUGUUCUCGAACAAUUACACUAUCUCAACCACUUCUACCAAUUCUCACUUCAGUACUUCUUGGACAUUUUCCACUCUGUUCUUCACGGCAAUAAGAACCUAACAGGCGUGACUGAUUUCAACGCACGCCGAGACAUUAUCAUCAAAGACCUAUUUGUGACCACAUUCAAGAGAACAGCGCUGGGUCUACUACAGAAGGAUCGAAUCACUUUGGCCAUGCUCCUCGCCCAAGCCUCCCCAUACAAGAUGGAUAAGGGCCUGAUCGAUAUUAUUCUCGACCAACGUAUCGAGGGCAAAGACCUCUCUACCGAAAUCGACGCUAAAGAUGAGACUUUUACUAAAGCCAAGAGGCUUGGCGUAUUGAAGGACAAGCUCGAUCAAGUACCAUCUGCCGCCUGGGAAACGUUCCUGUCGGAAGAACUAGCCGAGAAUGUCAUCCCCCAAAUCUGGGAUGCGAAUACUGAACCAUUUGAUCAAGGAUUACUCUCGCUACUCCUCGUCAAACUCUUCCGCCUCGAUCGUUUCGUCCCAGCCUCAGAGCGGUUCGUUGCGUCCGUCUUCGGAGCUGAACUGUUCGACAUUGUAGAUGAUCUCAAAGAAACUAUCAACCAGGUCCCUUCGACCCGUCCCAUUUCGCUUGUCUCGAGUCCUGGCUUCGAUGCCAGCUACAAGGUAGACAAUCUGGUUGAGAGAACGCGUGUCAGAUGCACGAAUAUCGCUAUGGGGUCGAAUGAAAGUCUUGCGAGUGCGGAUAAAGCAAUUAGCAACGCAGCACAGGUCGGAUCUUGGGUUUUGAUCAAGAACGUCCACCUUGCACCUACUUGGUUGCAAUCCCUGGAAAAGCGCAUGGAAUCUCUGAACCCACAUUCUGAUUUUAGGCUCUUCCUGUCGAUGGAAUCCAGCCCCAAGAUUCCUGUCAAUUUACUUCGCGCAUCUCGCGUGCUUAUGUAUGAACAACCGGCUGGUGUCCGCGCCAACAUGAAGGAUUCGAUGUCUUCUCUUACAGACCGAGCUUCGAAGAGUCCCGUGGAGCGCGGCCGACUAUACCUGCUCCUUUCCUUCCUACAUGCUGUCGUUCAAGAACGUCUACGCUACGCACCCAAUCUGGGUUGGAAAGGCUUCUGGGAGUUUAAUGAUAGCGAUUACGAAUGCUCCGCCUUCAUCGUUGAUACGUGGGUAGAAUCAGUGGCACAAAGCCGCUCAAAUAUCAACCCACAGAAUAUUCCUUGGGACAUGAUCCGCUACUUAGUCCGCGAGACAUACGGCGGCAAGAUUGAUGACGAAGGCGAUUUCAAUCGCUUAACGGAAUUGGUCGACCAAUCUCUCACGCCAGCAGCCUAUGAAAUUGGGCACAAACUAGUCGAAGGCACUGAGAAGGAUGGGCAAGAAGCAAGCCUUGUGGUACCGUCUGGCACUUCGCUGCAAGAGUUCAUGGGGUGGAUCCAGAAACUGCCUGAGCGCGAACCACCAACUUACUUGGGCCUGCCUGCCAACGCAGAGAAGCUGCUGUUGGUUGGGCUUGGUAGGAGCCUGAUAGGAAACCUGAAGAAGGUGACGGAAUUAUUGGACGAAGGAGAGCAGCUCUUGGGAGAGGUCUGAUAUGCCUGUACAAGAUUAUGGACGUUGUUUCUUCAUUGGGGAGUUUGGUCUUUUUCCUCUCUACAGGCUUCGAGAUUACAAACCUUCAUACCCUGAUACCCCUUUUAGUUUUAGAUUGUUACCUAUUUCCUUUUUUUGUUACAUACAGGUGUAUAAGUUACACUAUACACGAAAAUGAAAUUGUUGCCCAAUUAUGUGUGCGAACUGUUCUCUCCGUCUAAUCCUUCGAUUGAUCGUGUAGCUAAACCAUCGUAAAUCUUGAGUGACGACACAUCGGCACUGACAUCAUUUUCUAUGUACUGUAUGUAUUAGAGUGGUAUUUGCUUUAGCGGCUCCAACUAUGCAAGUUUCCAAUGCCUCACAUCCAAUCAGACAAGCUGUAUUUCAAACCAUUACGACUAAAUGUUCCCCUCGUCGUACAUACCUAUUUGUAAAUGAAUGCUAAUCCAUCAAAUUCUCGUUAAAUACCUGGUAGGUAGCUCCGAGAUAAAAAGGAGCAAGCGAACAC